CCCGAAAGCGGUUUUUUAAAUUUCUGUCGGGAAAAAAAAAAUUUUAAUUAACGACAGGUGUAACUUUUAUAAUCACAAACACACAAUAGCAGGUGACGCGGGUGGACGUCAACCCCAGAUGUAAGUUACGAAAAUAAUUUCAUGGGAAUUACGUGACUUGGAGUUUGCUGGAGAGAAGCAGCAGCAGAUAAGGGUUGAAAGGACACACAAAACACUCACUUACUAGUGAUUAUGGUGGUGUUAGUGGGCAGUGUAAUAGUGAUUGUAUAUCGACGCGUUACCCGCGGCCGUUCAGAGAAGACUGUUAGCCCCCAAGGGGGGUCGGCAUGGUUUUAGCUGCUCUCUCAUAGCAGUAGAGGAAAGAGAUGUGGGUGAAAGUGGUGGCGUCGGCGCGAGGGAUCCGCGAAAAGGUGCGCCAACACCCGCUGCCGGUAGAUAGACAAGAGUAGUAGAUUGUAGUGUACUAGUAGUAUAGUAGUAUAGUAUUAUAUUGGAGACGAAGACGAAGACGAAGAAGAAGACGAAGAGCAAGCUUGCGCGCAAUGGAUAGAGCACUCGGGGGAUUUCACCCGGACCCAUACAGAACCAGCCUGAUUCCUAAUCCCGAAUUCGUCUGGGGGACAACGAAGAAGGGAAGAAUUGUUAUAAAAAAUUGUUAAAAUAAAUAUAAACAUAAAAAGAAAUGAUAAAUGAUGUAAAACAAAAUAACGGAAUAAAUUUAUAGAGAGGUAAAAAAUAUUAAGAGAUGAAAAGUUCAAGGUAGUUACUUUAUUUCCUCUUAUUUUUAUAACCUUUUACUUGUUUUAUUAUUAUUUUAUUUUAUAUAUUCUACGACAAGUUACUCAUUUUUAUUUUAUUUAUCCCUGAUUUAACUUUGAAUAUUAUAAAUGUACGAGGGUUGAAUUCAUCCAGCUGUUGCUGCAAUUUGUCGAUACUAAAAGACGUAAUAACAAAAUAGAAAAAAAAGAAUAAAAUAAAAAAAAUGAAGCUUGAUUAAAUGUCAAGUGAGAUUAUGUGAGUUGAAUAUAUAUUUUAAUAAAGAAUGAAAUGACAAAUGUUUAUUGGUUAAAUCACUAAUGAAAUGGAAAGACGAGUGACCGUGGAAAUAGACGAGACAAUAGAUAUUCGUGAGAUCGGCACUGAGGAUUUCAGUACAUUACAGAGGCCAAUCAAUGAUGAUGAUUACGGAGAUGAAAGUUGCUGUGGGCGGGCAAUCUGGUGUCAUCCGGCGGUUCGUAACACCCGGGUCUACAAUCCUCUUUCAAUGUGUGUUAAAAUAAUCACCUGGUCGGGUCUGAUGUGGCUAUUGACGUGUUUGACGUUACUAAUGGUCACCUUUUCUACGAUGUACUUCCUAAUGGACAAGUUAAUGCUACCCGGUGGGACCUUAUUCGGACUAUUCUGGCUGGUCGUCGUCGCCUACGCACUCGGUUGGAGUCUCACGUACAUCCCGUACCUCCAUAUACCGCCGGUCUUUGGUAUGCUGCUUGCAGGAAUUAUUUUCCGUAGCACUGGAUUCUAUCAGAUCCACGAUCACAUUAGUUUCGAUACCACCACGAAAAUACGGACAUUCUGCGUAACUUUUGUGAUGAUCAGAGCCGGGCUUCAACUGACGACCACUGCACUGAGAAGCCAGCCUAUUUUUCUACUGAAACUAGGACUGCUGCCGUCGACAGUUGAAAUUUUGACAAUCAGUCUCUGCAGCAGAUUUAUUCUACGGUAUCCCUGGGACUGGUCAUUUCUCGCUGGGACGAUUAUGACUGGGAUGUCACCGGUUGUUACUGUUAAUUGUAUACUUGCAUUGGCUGAAAAGGGCUACGGGGAAGAUAAAGAUCUGGCUGGUAUUAUUGCCACGGCAGCUACCAUUGACAGUAUUCACGUCAUUUCAAUGUUUUCAAUCUGCUUUACGGUCGUUUUCAGCGAAGGUAUCCCUUUUCAAAUUUAUCUAUCUUUUCAAUUUAAUCCCGCCUAUUUAUACACACCCAUAAAUAAAUGUAUACCCUCCUAUACAUACAUAUAUAUCUAUUCAGACGGGAAAAAAAAUAUAUGGAAACACAUACCGUCAGGACUACGAGAUCUGGUUGCAGGACUUGUAGUUGGAAUAGCCUUGGGAUUUAUAUUUGGUUUUUUGCCUCACCGAACUGCGAAAUAUGUUACAUUUUAUCGCAUAACGGGUCUGAUAAUAGGCUCGUUAAUGUUUACGUCCGGGGCAAGUAUGUUUGCAGUAACUGGUGGCGGUUAUCUAGCGACGAUGGUUAUGUCAUUUGUCUCAAGUUCCUGCUGGAAGCAACUUUCUGGAAAUCCCUUUAACGUUAUACCGUUUCAAAAAACACUUUUUUUUAUAUGGCAUUUUAUGCAGCCAGUUCUGAUGGGAAUAAUCGGCGCUGAAAUGGACCUAACGCUAUGGUCGACACAGCGAUUUGGCCUCCAUAUUUCCUGUAUUCUCAUGGGACUCCUGGCACGAAGCUGCUUCGCGAUCCUCGCCAACCAAGGAACUAAUUUCAACAUGAGAGAACGUAUAUUUGUAGCGUUAGCGUGGCUACCAAAAGGCAGCCUUCAGGCAACGUUGGCGCCGUUGACACUUGAGCACGCGGGGCAACGUGAGCAUCCGGAAAUAAUAUCACUGGCUACAGAUGUUCUGAGGAUGUCGGUCGUUUCAAUUUUGUUCCUGGCACCCCUGGGAGCGAUCAUUAUGAUGGUCACGGGUCCAGUUCUCCUUAACAAGAUUGACGAGGAGACUAAAACUCGACGUCGGCAGCUUAGUUUCCUCCAGUGGAGUAGCCUGCAACCAGUUAGACAUAAAUCAGUGAUCGGUGAUGCUGAUGAUCAAGAUGUUGAUCAAGAAGUUGAUCAAGAAGACGAUCAACAAGAGGAGUAUGAUAAUAUUGAUGCUGCUGAUGAUGAUGAUGAUGAUGAUGUCUAUAGCGAUGAUGAAAUUAAUAAUGAGGAUGACGAAUCUUUCGAUCGAGAUGUACGCAAAUAGACACAAUAAAUUAAUCCCACAUUACAAUAUAUGUUUGUUAUUAUUAUCAUUAUAUUAUAUAAUGAGUAGCGUAUCCGCGUGCCUUAAAUUGUAUACUUGGUAUAUACGCUCGUAUUGCUGGAGUGUCAUAUUUUUAAGUAUAUUAUUAUAUAGAAUCAUGCAUUACAAUUGGUCUCUUUUAUGUAUGUCCACAUAAAUAUAAAGACAAUAAUAACUUGUUUAUAUAUUGUUGUUUAAAAG